UACUGCUACCUUAUUUCAUGCGUCCAUAACCGCUCUUGAGCAGUCGUACUGUACAUGCAGUGGCACUGUGAUGAUCAUGAUUGAGUCGAGUGCAGCAGCCAUUUUAUCGCUGGCAGUUGUUCUAUUGGCUGUAAGUGUGGAUACAGUCGAGCCACUGCUCUUCCCGGUCCCCGAUCCGUUCAAGACCGUGACGGACCUUAACCAGAACGUCUCUAGUAUCAAACAGAUCGUCAGUGAUAACCUACCCGGCAAUUGUUCGCACAAUCUUCCUCCUCCGCCGGUUGGAGGCGUCCGCUUCACACCGUCCACGUCGGGCUCUGUUGCCAGACUUUCCAUCAACUACUCAUGCGAAGAGGGAUACGAUUUAGUCGGCAACUCUAUCAUCCAUUGCCGUGACGGACAGUGGCCAACCGACCUGCCACGUUGCCGGAUUAACAUAGACUAUUGCUCUGCUCUGUUUCCUCCUGUGCCCUAUUUUGGAUCGAUGCGUAUAAGACAGAGUGAGCAUGAAGUAACUGCGCUCUACGCGUGUGAGAGAGGCUACAGACGCAAAGGAGAGACGAAUGUCACUUGUGCUGGAAGAAGCAGCUCAAGACGAACUACCAAUGCUCGCCCACAAUGCUUUCUUGACGUGCGGAUCCACAAAAACAAGGCAAAGACGUGUACUUUCAAGGCAUCGGAUACUCGUUGUCAGUAUCUCACCGAACGAGAAAAACCAAACAAGUGGAGACUCGAGAUGAGAAAAUGCAAACAAAAACCAAACAAGUACCGCCUCAUCAUCAAGAAAAUGCCCAUCCUCGAUAUCAGACUCAGAAAUUCGAGUUCAAGUGUCGACCCUCUCUUGCAGAAAUUUCGAGCACUACCGGCGACACCAAAGAAAGGAAAUUCUAAUAUUAAAGAAACCCAAAAAACUCGUUUACCUACAUGCCGGGAAAAGGCAAGACAUUGGGAGGCCGUUCUAGAUCUGCAGCCGGCUAUGAUCGUAAAACGAUCUGCAAACGCGGGAGUCAUUGUCGACAGUGUAGUUGAAGUCGGUGUGCUACGUAACUCGGUGGCUCAUUUCAUCAAGUUUACUAUUGAGGCUCCGCUACAUGCAGUAGCAUACGGGUUACAAGUGUCCGGUCAUUGCCUUCCAGACCCACCCGGUAGCCUGUACCUUACAUAUACCCUGCCUCCUUCACCUCACAGUGCCGUUCAUAAAGAUUUCUGCAUCAGGCUACGUGAUCGAGUCCGUUGCUCGCAGGGCAUCUUCAACUUCUUUGUCAGAAUUCGAUUUCUGGCUUUGUUUCGACCGAGCAUACCCAGUAGCGCGCGUGAAGUCAGAAUGACUCCAAAGGGAGUAUUUCCUUCAGUAUGUAAAGGAUUUAAUCAAGAAGACAAUCCGUGAACGGUUACCACUGAUUGCUGAUUUCUUGCGCAGCUGCUAUCUACACAACUAGACAUUUUCAGACAUAGUGGGGUCUUGCCUUACGCAAAGAACUCCAUCAUUAAAACGAUUUGCUAUUAAUUAAUUAACUAUUGAUUGUACUCUGCCUUCACUAAUAUAUGAAUUUAUUAGAGUGAUUUAUGUUACUAGGUUAGAUAGAUAAAAUUGUAUUAUGUUUUUAAUACAUUAGAACGGCAACAAA